UGUCAACAAAGCUCCGCGUGGCUGGUGGGGCUGUGGCUGCGCGCUGGCUGCUUUGGGGCGCGCUUGGAGACGGUUGCGACGCGGGGGCGCCACUCGCGGGACGCGGCUUUGAGUUUCCCUCCCGGUCCAGCCCAGGUACCAGCUACUGACAAUGUCGGGGGGAAUGAAGGAAACACAUCUGGCUGAAGCGAAACCUCUGGUAGAGAAAGAUGAGGUGAUCACAAAUCUUCUUUCCCACUUUGGUGUCCAGGAACAAGAUGUUGAAACGGUGCAUGGAUCUGUCCAUGUCACCAUGUGUGGGACUCCGAGAGGGAACAGGCCUGCCAUCCUGACAUACCAUGACAUCGGACUAAAUCACAAAACGUGCUUCAACCCCCUCUUCAAUUUCGAAGAUAUGCUGGAGAUCACACAGCACUUUGCCGUCUGCCACGUGGACGCCCCUGGGCAGCAAGAUGGGGCCGCCUCCUUUCCAACUGGAUAUAUGUAUCCUUCCAUGGACCAGCUUGCUGAAAUGCUCCCUGGAAUCUUAAAACAGUUCGGACUGAAAAGCGUGAUUGGAAUGGGAACCGGAGCUGGCGCCUACAUCUUAACCAGAUUUGCUCUUAACCAUCCCGAUAUGAUAGAAGGACUCGUUCUCAUCAACGUCAACCCCUGUGCUGAAGGAUGGAUGGAUUGGGCGGCGGCCAAGAUUUCCGGGUGGACCCACGCCAUGCCAGAUUUGAUCAUUUCACACCUUUUUGGCAAGGACGAGAUUCAUAACAACCACGAUCUGAUCAGCACUUACCGCCAGCACAUCAUCAACGACAUGAAUCCGAACAACCUGCACCUCUUUGUCAACUCCUACAGCAGCCGAAGAGAUCUAGAGAUCGAGCGCCCUGUGCCCGGUACACAUGUUGUUACUCUAGAGUGCCCUGCGCUGUUGGUGGUCGGGGACAGCUCCCCUGCCGUCGAUGCCGUGGUUGACUGCAAUGCUAAACUGGACCCAACCAAGACCACGCUCUUAAAGAUGGCUGACUGUGGUGGUCUUCCUCAAGUUUCCCAGCCCGCAAAGCUUGCUGAAGCUUUCAAGUACUUUAUACAGGGAAUGGGAUAUAUGCCUUCCGCGAGCAUGACCCGACUAAUGAGAUCCCGAACGGCUUCCGGCUCCAGCAUCGCCUCCUUGGAAGGAGGCAGGAGUCGGUCUCACACCGGCGAGGGAGUGAGAAGUAGAUCCCACACCGGGGAGGGAGCCCGAAGCAGGUCCCACACCCACGAAGGGGAGAGGUCCCGGAACCAGGCUCACCCAGAGACCCGCAUCGAGCUCACUCCCAACUCGGCAAACAACACCGAACAGUCGAGCCCCAAGUCGAUGGAGGUCUCCUGUUAAAUGAAAAGGGCCAGAGUUAUAAUCGAGACCCGACUGCCACCCACUGUGUGUCACGAUAUUUGAUAUUUAACCCAGAGCAUUUUGUGUAUCAUGGCUCUCUUCCCCUCCCAGGGUUCGACAGGGACCAAUAAAACCGACAUCUCAGUUGCUCUGUUUUCCUAACAGAGGUUGCUGCUAUUCUUCCCUCCAACUAACUGUAGAUUUCUUUAAAAAUUUUAUCCAGUGGGAAGGCUUAACGCUGGUAGCAGGGUCUUCAAACCAGACGCUAGACCUUCUUCCUGAAUUUGACGGGGUUUUUUAAAAAAAGAAUUGCCCCUUUUGUGUAGAAACUUUGCUUUGGGGAAUAAAGAAUGCCUGACAGGAGACCUUUUUUUUUCUUGCAAAAUAGAAGUUACAGCCUCCUGUUGAAUCUGGAACUACUCAGUUCUGUAUAUACUUAAAUAAUCAAAUGGUAUUGUGAAUUUUGGCCUCGUCGGUAGUACACGAGGCCAAGUUCCUACAUUAAUAUAGGAGACGCAACGCAACUUCCAGGCAAACGAAAUCAUAAGCCUUUUCUUUUUUUGUUCUCUGACAUCUCGUUGCUGUGUUUUUCCCCUCUCACCCCCCCCCCCCCCCCGGUUUUUUAGGUCUUUCAAAACCACUUGUCUGCCUAUAAGGCAAGAUUCAAAUCACUGAGAAACCUGCUACUGUUCAAGGCUUUAUACUUGCAUCUCAAGGGGCUUGUCGGAGGUAGCGUAGCUGGCAUAAUGAUACCACUUUGGGGUAAUAGCGUUUGGCAGCGCGGAACCGCAGGUGCGGGUCCCCGCUCGGCUUCCCUGCGGGGUGCAAGUCUUUGAUCUCUCCCGCCUGAAGAUUUUUUUGGCCGUCGUAACGAACGCAAGAUUAUCUCAUCAAGGCCGACAGUAAGUAGGUCUUAGAAGACGGGAAGCCUGUGCUGUGGUUCACGUUUGGUACAUUCGACUGCUGCAUUGAUCUGCCCUAAAAAUUCAUUAACCGAGAUUUAACUGGUGCUGGGCAAUAACGUGAUCCACGUUAUUUGGAGUAGGGAGGUACGGGGCGGCAGUGGGGACAUAUUUAAUGAUUGUAAAUGUAGAGAGAGAGAGAGAGAAAUGCUGAUUCUGCCAUUUCAGGCGGUCUUCUUGAUAUCUGAAGAGCUGUCUUUUGGGACGUGGUGCGCAACGCAGCAGAUUUCCAGCAUAGAUGGGGAUUCUAGAUUUUCCUCCCCCCCACUGCUUUUUAUCUCUUUGCUACAUCACAAUUGUUAACAUAGCUAAUGAAUUUCUAAUAUUGUUCACGUAAAGCAUCCAGCUUCUUAACCCCUGGAUAUUUGGGGGGGCAGUUCCAGAGAACUGAACUCUUGUAGAGGUGAUUCGCCUACUUUUAAAAUGACAGCUUAAAAAAAGAGAUUCCUGAUGGUUUGUAAAAAAAAAAAAAAAGGAGUUGCGGACUGAUUAAGAGGCUGAACUUGUCUAUUUGGGGAGAGUUUAUUAAUGAAUUAUUUGUAUUUAUUUCAAAAAAACAAUAAAUUUGUAACUUUGCAA